UUUCUAUAAGAAAUUAAUUGCUUAUUGAUGAUGUAUACAAUUUUAACUCAUUUUCUUAAGGUGCCUUGGAGAUGUUCAUGGGACUACUAUCUGCCUAAAGGGGUGUGGUGGCAGAGUGGGUACAGCACUCUGCUUCUCUUCUAAUAGCAUUUAGUUCACACCUGGGACACCCCCAAUCCACCCUGCUGUGAAAAGGCAUCUAACUUUACAGUUGGGAAAGUGAAGUACAGUGCUAGCCACACUGCCUCCAUGUGUACUGUAAUGAAAAAAGGUUUAGUUCACAGUGUGCUGUAUCCACAGGUUCCACACUGCCCCAACCCUUUUGCAUGAUGUUAGUCCACCAGAGUGUUGUUACACCAUCAGCAAGCACAACCAAUAGUGUACAAGGAGGAAAACCAAUACUCCACUGAGCUUGGGACAUUGUCAUCCACAAGUUGUGACAGCAGGAAAAAAUCAGAUGGGGACUUUGGUGUCUGCACAAGGCUUUAUUAAUGAUUCUCUCACCAAGUAUGUGAAGCAGCUAAUAAGCCACCUACCAGACAUACUAAGCGUGUGUUACCUUGUUAACUCUGGAUCUGAGGCAAAUGACUUGGCUUUGAGGCUCGCAAGAUCAUAUACAAAUAGGAUGGAUGUUGUUGUUUUUGACGAAGCUUACCAUGGAAAUCUGGGAAACUUAAUUGAUAUUAGUCCGAAGAUGUUCAAGCGGAUGGCGCAAGGAAAAAGGGAGUUUGUCCACAUCGUUCCUUACCCAGACACUUACCGUGGGCCUUACAGAGAAGAUGAUCAUCGAGCAGCUGAGAAAUAUGUGAUGGAGGCUGAGCGCAUCAUCUCUCAGGCCACUCGAAACAACAGAAAAAUUAGUUGUUUCAUCUCAGAAUGUAUGAUCGUAAAUUGCGGCAUUAUUUUACCUCCAAGAAACUACUUUAGACUUCUGUAUAAUUUGAUCCGUGAAGCUGGAGGAGUAUGUAUAGCAGAUGAAGUUCAGACAGGUCUUGGUCGGACUGGGGAAUAUUUUUGGGCUUUUGAGCAACAUGGCAUUGUUCCAGACAUUGUUACUAUAGGUAAGCCUCUUGGUAAUGGUCAUCCUAUGGCAGCUGUGAUAACUACUAGAGAAAUUGCUGAUGCUCUUGGGGAAUACUAUUCCACUUUUGGUGGAAAUCCAGUUGCAUGUGCAAUUGGCAUGGCAGUUUUGGAUGUAAUUGAAAAUGAGAAGCUGGUUCAAAGUGCUAAAGCUGUUGGAAAGGCAUUGUUAGAAAACCUUCAGCUACUGAAAGCAAAGCAUUCCUGUAUUGGAGAUGUACGAGGGAUGGGUCUUUGCAUAGGUAUAGAAAUUGUGGAAGAUAAAUGUAGCCGAAAACCUGCAACUGAACUCACCCAGGCAAUAGUAUACAGAUUAAAAGAGGAUCAUCAUAUUCUGGUUCAAGCACAGGGGCCAAAUCGCAACGUAAUUGCAGUUACACCACCAAUGUGCUUUACUCAGCUCAAUGCUCGGUCUCUCUUUAAUUCUCUUGAUGCUGUUCUUUCUGAUUGUGGUCAGCAAGGAGCAGGGAGCACUGGUGUUGCUGGUAGUGUUGGAGUACGACAACCCAGAUCAGUCCUCUCCAUGGAAGAUUUGGAUAAUCUGGAAGAGGAGGAUGUGGAAGGACCUGAGGCAAAGAGACCACGUGCAAGCUAUGAUGAUAUUGAUUAAGAAACUGAUUACAGUGAGGAAAGUGUGGUUUGUAAAUCAUCAUAUUCGUAGUGUGAGUGCAAAAUUCAUCUGUAGUAGAAUAUCUCGCCAGUACUGUAUACAGUAGGGUCGGGAUAUAUCACGAGAUAGGGUCCAAGGAUGUUAGGCAAUAAAGUGUGACCUAUUAUUCCUCGCUAUUAUCUCUUAAUUUCACUGCUGCCUUUAUGCUCAUAUUAUCACACUGUUUAAAUUGUCUAAUUUGUGUGUGGAGAACCUAAUACAGGGAGAUCUGAACAUC